GCGAGGAGCCGGGACAGCAGCCCUCCCGGAGCACGGGGCCCGCCGCAGAGGCCACACCGCGCCGACAGGGAGGCUCGGCAGCCGGCGCGUCCCCUGGGGACCCGCCCCGGCCGGCGCGCGCUGCUCGGGUGGGCGACCUCUGAGCCCCGGCCCUCGUCCGCCCUCCGCCCCGCGACUCGGCUGAGGGCCGGCGCAGCCGCGGGCCGCCUUCGCCAGGCCGAGCGGGGCCGCCGCCAUGGAGCUCGGGCCGCCUGGCGGCGCCGGGCCCGCUGAGCCGGGGCCUCGCUUGCGCGGCUUGCGCGGCGACGACCGAGCGGCCUCGGCCGCCUGGCUGAGCGAGGCCUCGGCCGGGCGCCGCGCUCCGUCCGUGGCGGCCGUGCUGCCGGCGGGGGGCAGCGGGGAGAGGAUGGGCGUCCCCACCCCGAAGCAGUUCUGCCCCGUCCUGGAGAGGCCGCUCAUCAGCUACACUCUGCAGGCCCUCGAGAGAGUAUGUUGGAUAAAGGACAUUGUCGUGGCAGUAACUGGAGAGAACAUGGAAGUAAUGAAGGGUAUUGUUCAGAGAUACCAGCAUAAACGCAUCUCGCUUGUCGAAGCUGGAGUGACCCGCCACAGGUCAAUUUUCAAUGGACUGAAAGCGCUGGCCGAAGAUCAACCCAAUUCUAAGCUCUGUAAGCCAGAAGUAGUAAUUAUCCAUGAUGCUGUGAGACCAUUUGUUGAGGAAGAUGUCCUCCUUAAAGUUGCCAUAGCUGCUAAGGAACAUGGGGCAGCAGGAGCAAUUCGACCUCUUGUAUCUACUGUCAUCAGUCCAUCUGCUGAUGGUUGCUUAGACCACUCACUAGACCGUGCCAGUCACAGGGCAAGUGAAAUGCCACAGGCCUUUCUAUUUGAUGUGAUCUAUGAAGCAUACCAGCAGUGUAGUGACUAUGACUUGGAAUUUGGAACUGAGUGUUUGCAAUUGGCUCUAAAAUACUGUCACACGAAAGCCAAACUUGUGGAAGGAUCGCCUGAUCUGUGGAAGGUGACCUACAAACGAGAUCUGUAUGCAGCUGAAUCGAUUAUUAAGGAAAGAAUUUCACAACAGAUUUGUAUACUUAUGGAUGCAAAAGAAGAUGAAGAGCAUGUAGGUCGUUGUCUUGAAGAAAUGCUAAAAAAAGAAUUAAAUCAUGUAAAAGUCACAUCUGGGGCUCUGUGUCAUGCUGGCAGAGAUCUUCAACAGAUCAUCUUAGAGCAGUGCUACAAUUUUGUUUGUGUAAAUGUUAUGACCUCUGAUUUUGAAGAAACCCGGAAAUUACUGAAUGCUCUUGAAGAGAGUAAUCUUUCCAUUUUAUAUCCUGUUGUUGUUAUUUCAGUGCAUUUUCUUGAUUAUAAAUUAGUACCUUUUGGUCAGAAAAUGGAACAUCUAAUGCAGAUUAAGGAAUUUGCAAAGGAGGUGAAAAAAAGAAAUAUUUUGUUAUGUGGCCUUCUCGUAUAUUACCCACAGUUGUGGAGGCAGGAUAUGCGUACCUUGGAGGUGCGGGUGUAUGUUAGACCACACACCACACAGCCUGCUUAUUGCUGCUGAGUCACGUAAACGUCUCAAGAGGGAUUAUAUUUUUAAAUUUGAUAUUAAAGAUGAGCAGAAGCUACAGGAAAGUUUAAGGCAAGGUGCCACUAUUAUUGCCACCUUAAUCAAAGAAAGAAGUUUUGGACUUGUUGGUCAGCUACUGGUAGCAUGAAGAACAUGGAGAAAAUUACCUCCUGGGUUUUUAGAAACAUUUACCUAUGUAUCUCUUUUGUGCUUCCCUCCCUAUUGUAUGUGCUUGACUGUUUAAGUUGUUUUUUAUGUGUUAUAAUUUAUAGGAUAUGAUGCUUGGGUUAUAAAAGUGGAUCAAUGUUUAUAUCUGUGAAAUAAAAAUUUACUUUUGUGCAUGUCAGAGAUAAAUUGCCUGAAUCAGAAUAGAUAAGUGGAAAACAGUAGCCUUCACAUAUAUUUUCACAAAGGCAUGAAAGAUCAAAUAGAAAUGAUAAUGGGUGAGCUAAUCCUCCAAGGAAUGAGAAUUUAGAAAACUUCAACGAUUCUCUCUUCAUUAAUUAGUAAAUAAAUCACACUAUAAUGAUACGAAUAGAGAAAAUUCAGAAUCUUAAUUCUAAAAUUGUCCUCUCUUGAUGUGAUAUUUUCACAUAUGUUCUAAUUUUUCACACCUUAAAAAAAAAAAGAGGAGAUAACAGGGCACCCUGGUGCAAAUGUCAUCACCGUUGGCCUCACAUUGCUCUAGAUCCCUAAAGGAGAUGUCAUUUCCUCCUUCUUUUUACUGUUUUAAAAUUGUAUGUUUUCCUUGGUUGAUGAAAUAUAAAAUUUUGACUUAUUUUAAAAGGUCUCUGAUUUUCCUGAAUAAAUUUAAAAGACUGGAAAGCUUCAUAGAAGUGAAUUUAUUUUGGUCAAUCUCGCGUCUUAUUCUACAAGGCAGGGGUCAUUGCACUUUCAAGAAUUAAGUAAAUUAUUCUUUUGAUACAGAUACUGCUGUGUUUUUAAAUCAAGUUCUUAUUCUUUCAAAUUUCCACUGGUGUAUGCAUCUUAAAUAUUGAUGAUUUUCCAUUAUAUUACAUUUUACAAGUAUGUACAUCCAGUCAUUAGAGAUGCCUUUUAUUCUAUAUAUACAUUGACCUUAUAAAAACACAUUUGAUCAGAUUAUUCCAGGGCUUAGGCUGCAUGUGGAAACUAUAAAAGUUGCAUGAAAUAUUUUCAGAUAAAGGUAGACUAUGAAAUAUCUACCUUGUGCAAUUUCUUCUUAACGUGCUAGAUGACUUUCCCUAUAUGUCUCAAGUAUUUAUAUUAGUAGAAGAGUUUAUAUUUUACAUUUAGGUAAUAGUGAGUAGAAUAUCAUGGACAUGGAGUAAUUAUUGCAGUUCAUUCUCUUGAAUGAAAUGUUGUUUGAUUGUAGGCUUGGAUCUAAAUUCCUGGGCUUGCUACUUUUUUUCUCUCUCUAGGGAUGUUAAGAAUAUAAAAUAAAUCGUUUAAUUCAAAAUCUUGAGGAUGAAAAUAUAUGGACAAUGUGUAGAUUUUGGUUAGAACGUUUAUGUCAUUGUUAAGGCAAGUUGGCUGUGUUGUGAAAGAUCCACAUAGUGCCCCGUUGAACUCUUCAGGUGAAAACGUUUUAAGAAUUUGAAGUGCUCAUAAAGGUAAAAGGGGAAAUGUUAUCAAGGUUUUAAAGAGAAGAUAAGUGCCUUUAAGUACACGGUAGGAAACUGGGCAUACCUAUGACACAGCAAAAUCACUAUCUAUUGAGUGCUGGCUGAGUUACCGUAGAUUUCAACUUAAUAAGGGAAUGUUAUACAAGACAAGAAUUUAUCUUGGAGCAAUUAGUAUGACUUUACCCUAGGCAAUUAGAAGCAUUUAGUGUAAUAAGGUUUAGUUAAUAAAAUAUUAAAUUGUGAAAUGAUCAUCAUCAUAAUAGCAUUUGAUUUUUUUCUUUAUGGUCUACAAAGUGAUUCACAGCAUUGAAAAUAAUUUAAAGAAAUUUCCCCACAUCCUUCACUAUUUAGAUGGGAAUUGAGGCUCAGGGACCUUAACUACCUUGCCACCGAAAGCCAUGUGGCUGCCUAGUAAAAAAAGGCAGGGCUUAAACUCAGGACAACUGAUAAUAAGUUUUAAGCUCAUCUUCCUGUAUAACAAUGCUUGCUGGCAAAGGACAUCCAGCAGAGAGGCUGUGGGAAAUGAGCCAGAGGCUCCAAAUGACACUGGGGGAACGGACAACGAGGCACAGCUCAGUCAACUGACCAGGAAGUCCUUGAAAUUUUUAGCUUUCCCAUCAUCUUUCCAACAUACAGAAAUUGUAGCUAGGGGUGAGGGGAAUGGAGAGAAUUAUUGGCCAAGAGAGAAAGAUAAAUUGUUUUUGCUAUUUGUUAAGAAGAGAUUCAGAGGCAAGUUUAUAGUUACAUUUUCAUCACCACUUCUGUAAACUGAAUUACCAUCAUGGGAACUGUCUAUUUUCACUUUAUUUUCCAAAAUCUCUUAAAAAAUAAUAGCGGUUUUGCCUCAGAGUUGCUGAAAUUGCUUUGUACCUGUGGAAAAUUUUGUGGAAAGACUUUUCUUUCUAAAUGUGUGCUAUUUAAUUAAAUGUAAUUUAAAGUUAGCCUUUUUAGGAAUUUAACACAGUGUGACCAAUGAUUUGAUUAGUGACUUAUAUCGGUAAGAGGUAGUAUUUUUUUUUCAUAAAAGUGCUCAAUUUAAGAGAUGACUUGUAAACACAUUCAUCUAGAGAUAAGAGUCAGACCUCUAUAUUCCACCCAGAGCCGUUCUUACUAUGGUCACUGUAAGCAUUUUGCAUUGGUUUAACAGGAAAACUCUUCCCAUGCCAGUUUAUUAUAACUAUCAAAUAUUACUUCAUAUAUAAAAAUGCAAUAUUCAUUUUAUAAAAAUAAAGUUGCCAUAGAACAAUUUCUUAUAUUAAAUCUGUGAAUUUAACUUCCUUUUAAUGUUGAAACUAUGUCAAGGAAGCAUAAAUCAUAAUAUUUAAAUUAAAAUGUUAAGAAAGCCAUUUGGAAAAAGAAAGAUUGAAGUUAUUUUAAAAGUUUAAUUCAAGAAUAAGCAGAAUAAAUGAAAAAUACCUAUUGUUUAAUUAUUAAUAUGGUUUAAAGUAAGUGGACUGGAAGUGGCUGUGUAAGUGGUGUUUGGCAUUGUGACCUUCAUCCAUGUUCUUGUAGAUUUUUAGUUUCCAAAUUGUGAAAAUGUAUAAAUAUAUUUUGGGGGAUAUUUUAUAAAUGAAAAGAAACUGUUAUUAAAGACUCAAAAUAUAUUCCCUUUACAAAAGAAAAUAUAAGUAAUUGAUAACUAAAUUGCUAUUUUAAAAUCUAAUGGCAGUUUUCAUUCAUAUUUAGUAUAGAUGGACAUUUUUUUUCAAACUAACUCAGUCUAAAUUGAAUAACUAUAAUAUUCUCAAAAUAUAACAAUGAUGUUUUACAUUAUAGAAAGAUAGCACU